GCAAUCGAUGUGCUCGAUGGUCGUUUUGACAUCCUCAGUCAGGACCGUUAAUAGACUUCAGAGAGCAUCGAGCGGCAUGUAACGUUCAGAGUUAACGUUAGCUUAAGUGAAACAUGGAGCGAAAUGUUGGGUCACUGCAGGAGCAGGCCAUGAAGAGGAAGGAGAGGCUGAAAGCAUUACGAGAUAAACAACUUUACGGCCAAGAGCAGGACGACGGGGAGCCUGAGAAGAAAAAAGCCGCAGUAGAGGAGAUUACUGAAGAAAGGCACAGAGAGCUGAAGCUGAGGAAUUACACCCCAGAGGAUGCAGAGCUGAAGGAGAGGCAGGUGCCCAAAGCAAAACCUGCAUCAGUGGAGGAUAAAGUUAAAGACCAGUUAGAGGCAGCUAAUCCAGAGCCCAUCAUUGAAGAAGUGGAUUUGGCCAAUCUCGCCCCGAGAAAACCAGACUGGGAUCUGAAGCGUGAUGUUGCAAAGAAGCUGGAGAAAUUGGAGAGGAGAACACAGAGAGCGAUCGCUGAGCUCAUCCGGGAUCGUCUGCGAGGCAGCGAGGAGGAGUUGGCCGCAGUGGUGGGAGCAGUAGGAUUAGAGGACGGAGACUCGGACUGAAACCAAAAUGGGACAAGAGUUAAAAAAAAAAAAAGACCGCUUCUUUCAUUGCUGCAGGGAGUAAAGUAUUGUUUCCAGUCAGGUCUUCACUUCCCUUUGUGAGUCCUUCCUCGUAUCAAUUGUGUACGUGGUUUUUUGAUGUGCGUUGGUAAUGGAAUGUCAAUAUUUUGCUCUUAUUUUUACAUUUCCAAGUAAAAUAAUGUGAGUUUUUCAAAAGUCUGAUAAUUAUUUCCAAGCAUUCGGAAUGAUCAGUGGGCAAUAUGGAUUAAUUUACCUAUCAUUGCAUGUGUUUAUAUAUUGUUGUAUAUGCAAAAUACAUAAUCACACUUAUUCCCAAAUCAUGAUUAAUUUGAUUUGAGAUUUUUAAAAAAGUCAAGCUAGUUAUUUGCAAAAUUGCUCGAUUAUCCCACGCAAGUGUUUGUUGCUGAGCAUCCAAUAAUAGACACUUUUUAAAUACAUAUUUAUUCAGAAAGUUGUCCGACAGUUCAUUCUCUAAACAAGUGACUCCUAUGCACUCAUGAUAGUUACUGCAACAUCAAUGUCUUGCUACUGUUGAAUCAAGUUAGUUUUGAUUAAAUGGGGGAUAAAU